AUGGCACCGGAUGGCGAGCUCUCCCGGGCUUUGAAUGGGGAAGGCCCCCCCUCCGGCUCUCCCGCACGACACCCAUCCAUUUCCCUCCAAGCAGCAGCCACCUUGAAUGCCGGCCUGCAACGCGAGUCUCCCGGGGGCUCGCCAAACAGUCCCCUUUCGCCCCGCAACCAGUCUCCCCACACCGACCGCCGUCGUUCACAAGUGCUUAUGAACCUUCAAAUGGCGGACCCCUCGAUGCCCGCACCCGGCGAGAUGGUAUCGGACAGCCAAGGGAGUCAGAACGGUCAGAACGCUAGUAGCCCGGUCCCUAUCGCUGCCUCACCACGCCUAGCCGCUACCAACAGGAUCCCUUAUCACAGCCGCGCCCCUAGCCUUGGGGAGCUUCAUCAGGAGCUAGAGAACGAGCAGGAGUUCCAGGUCAACCGGCUCCUGGCUCAGAUCCGCGAUCUCCAGGCCCAAGUCCAGCGCCAGCAACAACAGAACCCAUCGGCCGUCACCGGUGAUGAGGCCUCCGACCGUUCUGUACCCACGUCCGCGGCGCCCGUGCCCAUUCCUGUGCCCGGUGCGCCGGGUGUGACCUCGUCGCCGCAACCCAUUUAUCCGGGUUCCGGCUCGCUGCCGCGGUCGCCCGUCUUCCCACGGACUUCGUUCGAUAUGGCCCGCGCCGAUUUGCGCCACCGGUCGCGCACCCCGAGCCGCAACGCUUCGCCCCGGAUGCGUUCCACCUCCAUCAGUGCCGACAGCGGCGAGCAGUGGGCUUUGGGUGGCCGAGAUGAUUGUGCCUUCUACCAGGCCGAGGCCCAGAUGCUGGUGCGGGAGAACCAGAUGCUGAGGCAUCGUAUUCGAGAGCUGGAGCGGAAGCUGUUCGAUACACACGGCAGCAACGAUACAUCGGCGAGCCAUGAACCGCCGCAUUCUUCGCGUCUCAACCACUCAGUGUCGGUUUCCGACGACGAUGGGGCCAAAGUAGCCUCUCCUGCUGCCACUGGGGGUCCUUCUGCCAAAAUUGAGUAG